AUGUCGAAGAACUGCAUGCAGUCAUCGUCUUGGUGGUCUCGACCUUUCUGUUUACUUAGAUUUGAUAGAAAUUACUUCAAAUUUCAAAGCAUUUUUGGCACUUAUUACCGGUACACCGUUACAGCGACUUCAGAUGGUGCCAAAUUAUCAAGUGCAGUAAAAGACAAAAGUAGCGGUGAAGUAGCCGCGAUACGAAUUAAAGCUCGGUACCAAUCAGUGCAAAUAUUACCUAUGCAAGCUUACUCUGAUCUGUUAGCUUUUAUCAAGAAGCAUUACUUAUCUCUUUGUUGCGCUUUAGAACCGACUUUAAGUGUGAAAGCUAAAGAAGAUUUGGCAACAGCUCUUGUACGUAUUAUGCACAAGUUACGCAUGGCCAAACACUUUCUAUGCGAUUUAAUUAUGUCCGAAGUUGAUGUUCUUGACAAUGAACAUCUCAUGUUUCGAGGCAAUUCUUUGGCAACCAAAGCAAUGGAAGCUUAUAUGAAAUUGGUUGCAGAUGACUAUCUUCAAAGCACUCUUGGAGACUUCGUGAAAGCAAUGCAGCAAUCGGAGAAAGAUUGUGAAGUAGAUCCGUUGAAGCUGCCAAAUAUCAAUCCAAUAGCGUUGGAAAGGAAUCGCCACCAAUUAGUAAUAAAUGUGGAAGCUGCUUGGGCGAAGAUAACGAAUAGGCUAGAAAUUUUCAUUAUGGACGUAUUUCCAUUUGAAUUGCGCGAGAUUUUCAAUAGCUUGAGAAGACGUUUGGAAGAAAUUGGUCGACUUGAUUUAGCUGACACAUUGAUUUCUUCUAGUAUUUUCCUUCGUUUCCUGUGUCCAGCUAUACUCAGUCCAAGUUUGUUUAAUUUGGUUUCGGAAUAUCCAUCCGGGAACGCUGCACGUAAUCUAACUUUAAUAGCCAAAACACUCCAAACAUUAGCAAAUUUUACGAAAUUUGGCGGAAAAGAGCAUUACAUGGAUUUCAUGAAUGAUUUUGUAGAACGUGAAUGGGAUAAUAUGCACAAGUUUUUGAUGAAAAUUUCAAGUAUGCCAAUAAAUUCAGACGUAAACUCUGGAGAAAAUGGAUGGAAUAUAUCGGUUGAUAUUGGCAAAGAAGUGUCAUUGUUAUAUUCGUAUUUGGAUGAGCUCUGGACCCAAGAGAUUUAUGAACAAGCUUGUAAGUACGAUCCUCAAACAGCAGAACUGCGCUUAAUUUUGACAAAGCUACGUCACAUCCAGAUGAAGAAUGAUGUUUAUGGUGAUAGCGAGUCGUUAACAUUUGAAAGUGCCCCAUCAGAUUAUGAUAAUACAAAUAUUCUGAGGCAGCUGUUGAAAACUCAAGCAUUUCAUUCCAGGUUGAAUUCGUACAAUAAUACUACGAAAUUCCCCCCUCAUAUUCGAAAUACAGUUAGCGAAUCUCAUGUGAUGAAAAAAGCCACUGCAGCAACUCAUCUAAAUACCAGUGAUGACUACGUAUUAGAUAUUGCUCUACUGAAAGACAGUUUAGCAGUGCGACAGGCUGGUUUAACUGUCCAGAAGCAUCGUAAUGGACAUUAUCGUAAUCAGCGAUAUUUUAAUGACAGUACAUCCUGUGAAAGACAGAAUAAAAGGAAUGCUUAUACUGCUUUGGCAGCUAUUCCAUCAAAUCAAGAGAGGAUCAUAGCAUUUGAUACAGCUCCAAAUGGUGAUAAUGACAGUAUUUCUCAGUACGAUACUUCGAUACCAUCCAAUAUUUCAUCCUAUAGUAAUUGCACCACUGCCAGGAUUGAUCACCAUAAUGAAGAUACUGAUUCUGAUGAGACAACACGAAUAACGUCAGCAACACGUCUGCGUCAUACACGACCACCUCGUAAGAGCAAACGACGUACAGCGUCAUCUACAGAUCGUCAGCAAGUUAUAACAUCUUGUCAAGACCCAAUUGUUGCACCCUCAUCUAGUGGUUAUCAGAGUCAAAAUCAUAGUAGUAGUUUGAGUUCCUCAAAUAGCAGCAGUCCUGUGGAACGUACCGCCACUCAGAUAAAUCAUCCCGUUUUCCAUGCAGCCUUACAAACCUCUAAUCCGACUUUCAACGCUCACGAAUGCAUCCCUUCAACAUCAUCGUCUUCCGGAAACUUCGAGAAGAUUCCGUUGAAUCAUAACGAGCGAUAUUACGUGCGUUCUGCUCCCUCUACUAUGUUGAAGGAGCACUUGUAUGGGUCCUUCUUGAAAUCACCCCCUUUGGAUAAGACAAAUGGUGGACUUUAUGAAAUACCCAUGUGUUCAUUACCAAGGACCAAUCCACACUGCUCUUCACGUAAUUCGAUGACAACUGCAACGGGUGGUAUAUCAGUUUUGAAAUCAUUUGUUGAUAUAAGUAAUGACGGAAGUGUGCCCCAUUCUGCGUCAACCAGGUGUUCAGAUGAAGAUGAUAAUAUUAUAAAGGAAUGUAGUAUAAAGUGGUGCUUUACUUCUGAGCAGCAACCGAAUAAUAAGAAAGACUGGUCAAGAAAUGGAAAAUUCGCCUUCAGUCAACAGGAGAUAAUAGAGCAACAAAAACGUGAAAUUCGACGGCUAAUGAAAGAAAACGAAGAAUUGAAACGAUGCGUUGCUGCUCAAAAACAGAUUACAAAUAAUGGUAGAAACACCAACUCUCCAAUGAUCAUUGUGGACAGCCAUGCUUCGGAAGAAAGCUGCGAUUCUCUAAGCUCAUCUAAUGAGCUUCAGAUUUCGUCAAACAAUAACAAGGCGAUCACUCACUGUUGA